AUGGGUGAAUCAAAUGGAACAGAAGAACAUGGGAGUUCCCUUCCUCCAGGGACGCUAGCCAAGUUGACGUGCGAUAUCCUCAACGAUACGUUUUACAACAUCAUACAUGACAUUGUUGCCAAGGUUCACCGUGAUGAAAAGGUCGCCCGCAUGCGCUCGGCGGUGGUUGCUGCAAGGCAGAAGGCCGAUGAAGAGGCAACCAGGCGACGCGAAGAGAGCGGCAAGCCGGCCGUUGCCUUCAAACCCGGAGAUCUUGAUCUGGAGGAGCUCAAAGACAUACACGUGGAAACUGAGGCGGCUGUCUUCGAAGAAGGCAAGGUAUACCUGAAGGGUAAUCCUCUCCAGACAACUAAAGAGGUCAUCUGCCCUGACUGUCGAUUGCCCCGUCUCCUGUACCCGUCGACGGGCGUUGGAGCCCGGCCGCCGCCAGAUCCGUACCGCGAGUACUGUCAGAAACAGCCGAUGAUCAGCAAGCCGGGGCAUGAUGUGCAUGGAAACCCGUUCGCCACGGAUAAACUGAAUCCCAAGAAAAAGAAGCAGACGAACACGUCAAAUACGCCAGCAUCGAGUCCUCCUACGACGCCUGACAGUUCUUUUAACAAACAGGCUGCCCCGGAGAAGGUCUCAUUCCCGACUGUCAAAUGUCCCAACUGUCCAAGGUACUUCGUGGUCACUCGGGUUGCCCAGCAUCUGGAUAGAUGUCUGGGUCUAUCGGGCCGACAGACCAACCGCAACAAGACCCCCAUGGAAAAUGGCGCCAGCACCCCUACUUCUGCUCCACCCAAGCGCCCGUUGGUCGAUGACGACGCCCCAGCAACACUCCCAAAGAAGAAGAAACUCGGGGCUCCCAAGAAACUGACCAGCAACAAGCCACCUCCGCCCAGCAAGCUGAAAAACGGACUCACCCCAGACAUGGCCGCGGCGAGCGACGCAGCUGGCUCCGGUGACGUUGACAUCAAAAGCGAGGCGAACGGGGAUAACGCCUAG